AUGGCGGCAGCGUCUUGCGGGCGGGAGGAGCGAGCCAGCAUGGCCGCGCUGGCCCGGCUUCAGGAGAGGCUGGCGGGACUCCGAGAGGAGUAUUUCCUUACGAACAGAGCUAUAGAUGAAGACAGAAUAAUAAAGUACAAAGCUGCUGUCAGGAUCCAGCGCUGGUUUCGAGCAUGCCGUGUCCGAGCCUAUCUGAGAUAUCUGAGCAAAAUGGCGACUUUGAUACAGAAGUGGUGGAGAGGUUAUCUAAGAAGAAAAAGCUUCAAAGAAGUAGUGGAGAGAGCAUAUUUUAUUAAGAAGGAGAAAUUCUACAAUGAAAUGGCUGUCAGGAUCCAGAAAACAUGGCGAGGCUAUUACGUUCGGAAGUAUAUCCAUAAUUUUUAUGCACUGAAGAAAUACCUGGAUGCUGUUUCUGUGAAUAACGAGCUUGUCAGGUAUGAACUUCAAGAAUUUGCAGAUAUGAAAGAAAAUGAAGAGAAAAUGAAAGACCUGGAAAAGAAAGAAAAGGAAAAGAAAUACCAAGCCCGAAAGAUGCAUUACCUCCUUAGCACUAAGCAGAUUCCAGGUGUCUACAAUUCGCCAUUCAGGAAAUCCCCAGAUGAAAUGGAGCUGCUGCUACGGCAGUCAAAGCCACUGACCCACAGGAAGCAGGAAGGGAAGAGUCCUUUUGCUGAUGAGCUCUAUGGCUGGCCAACCUGUAAAGAGCCUCCAGCUUUUGUCACAUCACUGCCUGUGCUACCUGCUGACAGACAGAAACCUCAGGGGCCGUUCCGCGAUCCCGCUGAGGUGCUGCAGCAGCGCUACAAGCCCAUGGAACCAACCCUGCGAGUGAGAGAGUCCAUGUAUUCAUCACCCCCCAAGGCCAGAGAGCCAACAGGAGGGCAGGAAUGGAGAGAUCCCAUCCAUGACAAUCAGUUUCUGCCAUUUUCUUCAUAUCAUAAAAAUCAUGAGAAGUAUGAGCCAUCACUUUUUACAUCAGGCAAAUAUGGCCAAGAAGCUUAUGGAACUAAAUAUUUCAGAGAAGUAUAUCCUAAGAAGUGGAUAGCAGACAAGGACUUUGAAACACUGUUUUCAUCAAUUGCUCUCUUCGAAAAGUUUGGAAAAACUUACUCCAGCACUGGGCAAAUACUGUAAUUGUCCUGGAGACACAUGGAAAGUAGUCAAUAAAUGUAUUUCAGCAAAUAUACAGCAUUAUAUUUGUCCUGGAGACACAUGAAAAGUAGUCAAUAAAUGCAUUUCAGCAAAUAUACAGCCGUAUGUUGACUAAAUAUUGCAUAAAAUACUCUUUUUGUGAUGGAUACUGUGUCUGAAGUUGUUUUAAUUGAUUUUGCUUGAACUUUAGGCAAUAUGGCUUCCAAGAAUUAUAAAAAAUGAAUUAAAAAAAAAAGUUUUAUCUUAAAGUAAUAAUUUCUGAAAAAAACUGUAUUUUAUUUAGUAUAAAUAAUUUAGAAUACAAAAUCAGAGUCAUCAAGUGAAAUACUCAGAAUCACAUUUAUUUAUUACACAUUUGUAAAUGACGUUAACACUAAAAAAGGAAAAAAGUGUAAAAUUUAUCUCUUUUUUUGCCCCUCACAACAAUAAAUGUAUCUGGUUCAUCACUGUUGUUCAUCAUCUUCAGUGUUAGGUAUCCUUGACUGAUCCGUGACUUCAGAAGUGCAGGAUAGGCAUUAAAUGGAAGAUAACAUAUUUUAAAUCCUGUUAGCAUUUCUGUGGGUGAAAGAACUUGAGUUUUAAAAAAAUAAAAGUUCUGAUAACACA